AUGGAGGCGCCUGAUUGUGUGAGUAUGUGUUAUCUCCGCAAUGAAGCUAUUCAUGAGAUUACUUCAAUAAUAAAUAUAUGUGAUACGAAGCGAUAUGCCUAUUGUGACGUCAACAAACGUGUGUGGUGCCCUUUCAAAGUUUCACAUGAAAGUUUUUACAUGCGAUACGAUUUUCAUGUUCAAGGUUUGAAGUUUGAUUUAUUUGCUCGUUGCAAAUUGGAUAUCACAACAAAAGAAAUCUUGGAAGAGAAAGAAGAAGCGAUUGGCUGUUGA